AACUCUACAUUACUCUAGAUGUAUUUUUUGCAUGUAGUCUAUAUGUAAGUAACCCAUUCUCAUGCUGCAUAGGUUUACCCCCGUAAGAGGUGGUCAUGUAAGUAAUAAAAUAAAUUCAAUCCGCCUGUAUUACUUUCUCUGAAACAUAUUACGAUUUAAAUACUGAACAAGCAAGACAUCAAGAACAAAUCUAUUCAUGGAUCUAUUCUAUUUGCAUUAAAGGAAAUGUUUAAAUACAACAAAACAUGAGGUUAAUCCUCUGAGCACAUGAGUCCCCGCAGGACCCAGGCGUGCAGGACACGAGCUUGCACACUUAAACCUGGUCAUUGCGUCUGUAAUUGUGAUUCAUGAUUCAUGAUUCAUGAUUCAGACACUGUACAAGAACGAUAACAAACAGAAUGCUGCGGUUACAACAAAUAUGUUGAGUUAUUGUAACCAGUCUGGGUCAUGUUUACGAGGAAUUUAGAAACAGUAAAGAGUUUUUAAAUCUCACAAAACCACAUUGCAAGGUUCAAACAUUUUUUUAAAAAAGAAGCCCUGUUUUUUUUUUUUUUGCCUGACUCGUGAGUACUGAAUAUUUAUCUCCCUCCGUUUCCCAAACUCCAUUGCGGAGCCAUAGCUCGCCAUAUUGAAAUUGUAAUUCGCAGGGAAGCUUUAGGAAGUACCUUGGAUACAAACACUGAACAUUUCUAUAAUAAUGACUCAGACUGUGCAGACUAAUGGGGUACAGCCCCUGAGUAAGACAUGGGAACUCAGCCUGUACGAGCUACAGAGGACUCCCCAGGAGGCGAUCACAGAUGGGCUGGAGAUUGCCGUCUCCCCGAGAAGCCUCCACAGUGAGCUGAUGUGUCCGAUCUGCUUGGAUAUGCUGAAGAACACCAUGACCACCAAGGAGUGCCUGCACCGCUUCUGUGCCGACUGCAUCAUCACAGCUCUGCGCAGCGGGAACAAGGAGUGCCCGACGUGCCGAAAGAAGCUGGUGUCGAAGCGCUCUCUGCGCCCUGACCCGAACUUCGACGCGCUGAUCAGCAAGAUCUACCCGAGCAGAGACGAGUACGAGGCUCACCAGGAGCGUGUCCUGGCCCGGAUCAGCAAACACAACAACCAGCAGGCGUUGAGCCACAGCAUUGAGGAGGGCCUCAAGAUCCAGGCCCUGAACCGGCUCCAGAGAGGGAAGAAGCACCAGAUUGAGAAUGGCAGUGGGGCGGAGGACAAUGGUGACAGCUCUCACUGCAGCAAUGCCUCGGUACACAGCAAUCAGGAGGCAGGGCCCAGCAUCAAGCGGACAAAGACCUCGGACGACUCGGGCCUCGACAUGGACAACACCACUGAGAAUGUGGCUGGGGACCUGGCGCUGGACGGGGCCUGCGAGAUUGAGCUUGUUUUUCGGCCGCACCCCACACUGAUGGAGAAGGAUGAUGUCACACAGACCAGUAUUCGGUUUGUACCCAGGUACAUUAAGACAUCGGGAAACGCCACGGUGGACCACCUCUCCAAAUACCUGGCAGUACGGUUGGCCCUGGAGGAGCUUCGCAAGAGCGGGGACGCCAACCCCAUUAAUGUGGAGGCAGCGAGUGAGAAGCAGUACACUAUCUACAUUCCUACCGCCAAUGGCCAAUUCACAGUGCUGAAUGGGUCCUUCUCGUUGGAGUUGGUCAGUGAGAAGUACUGGAAGGUGAACAAACCUAUGGAGCUGUACUUCGCACCCACCAAGGAGCACAAAUAGUUGCAGGACUCAGAAUGGACUGAGAAUUUUCUAAUCUGUUGUCUCUUUGUUGGAUUUCCUGGCUCCAGAGAGCUAGCGCUGCUUUUUUAUAAUUUAGUUUUUGUACUCGAGUCCCAUAGAUAUUCAAUCUGUUUUAAUGGAGCAUUUACACCCUUUAAAAAAAUUAUAAUCCUCCACUAUAAAUCAAUUUUGAAGUUCCCAGGAAAACAUUUAAUAACCUUUAUUCAGUAACCCUGGGCCAUAACUCUCCCAAAAUUGUUUCAGAAAAAUUGUUUAUUUGUGCAUGUAAAAGUUGAGGGUCAGUGGCACUUGCUACAGUCUGGAUACACGCAGACAGACUACCCCUUAUAGCUCAGUGAGUGCUCAAUCCUGACCACAAUACCUGCUGUUAUUCAGUCCCAAGCCUUUUUAAAGCCAAGUAUGCUGAAUUGUUAAUGGUUUUAUGUGGAUUAAGUCCACCAACCUCCUUUCACUUAAACCCAGGUUUCCAUGUGAAAGCAACCAAAUAACCCAGUGUGCCACCUAGCCCCCUACCCUGAAACUCACAACUGCUCACAGCACAGUUAUUAUUGUAAAGGGCAAAAUGAUUAGGCAUGUAACCUGACAAGAAAAUGUAGUGUAAGUGCUGAAAUAACACUUGAGGCUGUUUUUUUUCACCCAAAUUAGUUUUAAAUAAUAAAAAUAAAAAACAGCUUAAAAGGAACUAUGGGUAAACUA